GUGAAGAUGUUGAUGCUCCAUGGCAGUGUGUCAUUAAGGAAGUCUGCAUGUAUAUGGGAGAAGAUCCAGCCAAGCUCAUCCAGGAGUAUGUGGGUGUGGAUGAAGCUACCAUUGGCUAUUGGAACCACCACCAUCGGUGUUUUUUAUCUGAAAGACUUCAUCACAUGAAGACAUCGGGAUCGUCCUUGAAGGCAUCAGAGUGGUGUCCAAUUUGGAUAGCGUGCCAACAGCUGUUGUAAUACUUGUUGGACUGAUAUAUGGACUGAACCUCGCCGACCCUGCUGACCUUCGCUACACUUUUGAGGUGUUACAGAAGAUAACAAUGGAACUGGAUGGAGGUAAUCUGUCCAACUAGACAUUAUUCCUUAAAAACUGCCUCUAUGACAUACGAUGCCUUGCUUUGAGGAAAUCCAACAACUGAGCUCCCUUCUGGAAAUGGAGAUCACCGGAAGAUCUGAGGACGACAAGAAACUGGCCCACCUGGAGGCAGAGCUGGAAGAGACCAAGCAAGAGUUAGAAAGGGAGAAAAGCAAAGUGGAAUCAGCAGCUAAAGUGUAGAUAUGAAAUUGAUAUUAUGGCGUUACAGGAACGGAUAAUUGAAGAGAGAAAAGACCAUCUACAGAAAUCGGAGGAAGACAUGGCGCUGAUUGACAACCUGAGAGCAACAAAUGCCAUUCUCCAGGCAAACCAAACCAAAGAAAUCAAAUUACUGCAAGGAGAUAAGAAACGUUUGCAGAAAGAAUUUUAUGAUAUGAAACAUUCAUACCAUGAAUUUAUUGGCAAGUACGAAAGUGAUGUUUCUGAACUGAAUCGAGAAGUAGAAAGAUAUAAGCAGGAGGUUAGCCAGGAGAAAGACGCCAACUUAGAGACGGUUAAGGAGAAUCAGAAGGUCAUCAACGACCUCAGAGCUGAAAAGGAGGAGCUCUUACAGAAGACGACAGGAGAGAUCGCAAUUCUGACCAAAAGGGAAAAGUACAUUCUUAAUGAACUCGAUCAAGUCCACUUUUCAUACGAGGAGCUAAAGAUCAAGUAUGAAAAUGAUGUUAUGGAAUUGCAGCAGCAGGCUGAAAUGUACAAGCAGAUUAUAAAGCAGAGGGAAACGGAUCUUUUAGAAAGAGAAGAGAAAGAAAGGCUUAUCCAGGCUGAGUUAGAGAAAUUUAAAGGUUUGUACCUGGAGCAAAACAACCGAUAUGAAACUGAUGUCACUGCACUAAAACAACAAGCAGAAAAAUACCAGCAGGAGAUGAGUUGCGUAAAAGAGAAGUUGAAAAAAGCAAAAGAGGAUCUACUGCUUCAAGACAGAGAAGAUAAAAACAACAACACCGUUUUAAAAGAGGAGGAAGAUUCACAGAACCAGGUUAAAGAUUCAAGACGAGACGUUUCUUCUGAGAAGGAAUUCUUAGCAGAAUCUUUGCCUGGUUGUUCAACGGAUCUGGAACCCGAAGAGGCCGAGACAGCAGGAGAAACCGUCCUGGAGGAUUCGGAUAAUAAAGCUACAGAUGGUAAAAAGAAAAAAAGAAACAUUUUCAAUUUGGAAAAAAAUACGCAGCACUCUGGGGUUCAAGCCAAAAAAAGUGACGAUAAUCAAACUCAGAUCUAAUGUUCUUGAUUUUGACUAGAGGAGAAAAGAUGGAGGUUGUUGCCUGUGUGUAUGGGGCGCCCUGCGACCCUCCGUCAAGAGGAAAUUUAAAACUUCAAGUCCCCCYCGCUUUCCCCCAUUGACAAACUAGAAAAUAGAUCCCUUCCCAACCCAAUUGGAAAAAACGUGGGCAGCACGUCUGUGUGGAGUUUGCAUGUUCUCCCCGUGUUGGCGUGGGUUUUCUCCGGGUGUUCUGGUUCCCCCCACAUCUCCCAAGACAGGUCGGUCAGGUCAGUUGGUCACUGUAUAUUGCCCUAAAAGAGUUUAAGAAACUCCAAACAUAUUAUUGUAAAACUUGUAAAAUGAGUUGAAUUAGCCGUUUGUUAGCCCUUUUCCCUUCAC